AUGGCGGACAUCUGCGAUCUCGAUCAACAGGCCGAUGCUACUGCGGUGGUAGUAGGCACUGGAGCUUUACAGCCCCUGGAAGGCGCCAGAACAGAGUUGCUCAUUGAUAUCGUGGUUGAUUUCGCCACCAAUAGAGGUGCUCCACUCGUCACCACUGAUCUUGUCGCCCUUUCUUUAUGUGUUGUAGCUAAACGCGGUGCCAAGAAAGGGAAAAGAGGGAAACAACAGGCGACCGGGGCAACACGACAGCAUGAAGCUGUAGACGACGAGGAUCACUUGCAAGUGAAAGGGCAUGAGCGUGACGGCGAGCGGGGCGGCGAGCGUGACGGCAAUCGUGACAGCGAGCGUGACGGCGAUCGUGACGGAGAGCGUUACAGCAAGCGUGACGGCGAUCGUGACGGCGAGCGUUACAGCAAGCGUGACGGCGAUCGUGACGGCGAGCGUUACAGCAAGCGUGACGGCGAUCGUGACGGCGAGCGUUACAGCAAGCGUGACGGCGAUCGUGACGGCGAGCGUUACAGCAAGCGUGACGGCGAGCGUUGCGGCAGGGUUGGCGAGGGUGAGGGUGAUCAUGAGGGCGAGCUUGAAGUGAAGCGUGACGCAUCCCCUCCUACUGCAGCAGGUGCUCGACAGGAUGGUGCAGAGAAUGUUCCUGGGCAUGGGGGGGGUGGGAGGGAGAGCCGUGGCGGGGAGUUGGAGGAUCAGAGGGGGGUGUCAGGGAGGGUGAAGUCACGGCGCCGAAGGGCUGGAAAGAAAGCCCCUGUCAAGGAGGAAUCUUCCGAUGACGAUGAAAGCUCUGAGGAGGAGUCGGGGAGCUCCUCUGGGAGCGAGGAGAAGUACGACGAUGAGGAGGACGAAAGUUAG